AUGGAGUUUGAUAGAAUCAGCGCAUUGCCAGAUUCUUUGCUAGCUCACAUACUCUCGUACCUUUCCAUCAGCGUUUCGGCUAAGACAAGCGUCUUAUCGAAGAGAUGGGAAUUUCUCUGGCUAAAGGUUUUCGUAUUGGACUUAACCACCGUUAAGGUCUCUCUUCGACGAGAAGCCAUGUCGAGGGUGAUGCGAGUGAAAGAGAUAACUUUUCUCGACUUUUCUCAAGAGAAAAAGAAGGUAAGGUAUCAUGAUUCUAAGGACAGUAACAAUGGAGUCAUGGAUUUGAUAGCCGAAGUGAUCCAUCGCAGAGUUCAACACCUAGAGGCUAAUAUGUGCGAUAUAAUGCCUCAGGGUGCCAUCAAUUUCAUGCCUAAGUAUGUUUAUGUCAGCAAGACAUUGGUGUCUUUAAAUCUUGCAAACGUAGGGCUUGAGAAUCCCAAGUUUGUUGCUUCUCUCCCUAAACUCAAGAUGAUGCAUCUACAACACAUUUAUUACGAGAAUAAAGGUGGUCUUUUGAUCAUAAAGAAGCUCGUCUCAGCCUCGCCUCUUCUUGAAGUUAUUACCUUUGACUUUUCUGAUCUAAUGAAGCCAGAUAAAGAAACUGAAAUCAGGCUGGAGUUUUUUAGGAAGCCAGAGCGAAAAUAUUUUGUUGUUCCAUGGAAGCAAAAGCAAAUCGAUUUCAGGAAAAACCUUUCUGAUGAUCUCACCAAUGUGCCUCAGUGUUUGAUAUCGACGCUGGAGUAUGUUAAGAUUAAGGAAAAAAGUGGGAUCAAACUAGUGAAUUACAUUCUUGAGAAUUCAGCAGUCCUCAAGAAACUGACUCUAAGUUUCACACAUCCUUCUGUAACCAACCAAGAGCUAGAGAGCUACAAGAAGCUUCUUACAUCCACAAAGCUUUCUCCUACAUGUCAACUUGUCUUUGAUUGA